AUGGCUGACCAAGACGUCGAUCUGGACUCCAUUAUUGACCGGCUCCUGGAGGUGAGGGGCAGCCGGCCCGGUAAGCAAGUGCAGCUUCUGGAAUCGGAAAUCCGUUUCCUGUGCACCAAGGCCCGUGAAAUCUUCAUCUCGCAGCCCAUCCUGCUGGAGUUGGAAGCCCCCAUCAAGGGUGGCUCCCUGCGGGGACCCGCAUCUGUGGUGAUAUUCACGGCCAAUACUACGACCUUUUGCGUCUGUUCGAAUACGGUGGAUUCCCCCCCGGAGGCCAACUACCUCUUCCUCGGUGAUUACGUCGACCGCGGCAAGCAGUCCCUGGAGACCAUCUGCCUGCUCCUUGCCUACAAGAUCAAGUACCCCGAGAACUUCUUCAUCCUGCGUGGUAACCACGAGUGCGCCUCUAUCAACCGUAUCUAUGGUUUCUACGAUGAGUGCAAGCGCCGAUACAACAUCAAGCUGUGGAAGACCUUCACCGACUGCUUCAACUGCCUGCCUAUCGCGGCCAUAAUUGACGAGAAGAUCUUCACCAUGCACGGUGGCCUGAGCCCCGACCUGAACUCGAUGGAGCAGAUUCGCCGAGUCAUGCGUCCCACUGAUAUUCCUGACUGCGGUCUCCUCUGCGAUCUGUUGUGGUCCGAUCCAGACAAGGAUAUCACUGGUUGGAGCGAAAACGACCGUGGUGUAUCUUUCACAUUUGGUCCCGAUGUGGUGUCACGCUUCCUGCAGAAACACGAUAUGGAUUUGAUAUGCCGAGCCCACCAGGUUGUGGAAGAUGGCUACGAGUUCUUCUCCAAGCGCCAACUCGUCACACUAUUCAGUGCGCCCAACUACUGUGGUGAAUUCGACAAUGCAGGUGCCAUGAUGAGCGUCGACGAGAGCCUACUCUGCUCCUUCCAGAUCCUGAAACCAGCAGAAAAGAAACAAAAGUACGUUUACGGGAGCAUGAGCUCUAGCGGAUCAGUCACUCCUCCGCGCAAACAAAAAAAGAAAUAA